ACUCCUGCCGUAGCUGUGCCUCCGAAGACAGAGGCAAAGGCCAAGGCGCUGAAGGCCAAGAAAGCCGUCCUGAAGGGGGUCCACAGCCACAAGAAGAAGAAGAUCCGCACGUCGCCCACUUUUCGGAGGCCCAAGACCCUGCGCCUGCGGCGACAGCCGAAGUACCCCCGGAAGAGUGCCCCACGGAGGAACAAGCUUGACCAUUAUGCCAUUAUCAAGUUCCCUUUGACCACAGAAUCAGCCAUGAAGAAGAUAGAGGAUAACAACACUCUAGUUUUCAUCGUGGAUGUCAAGGCCAACAAGCAUCAGAUCAAACAGGCUGUCAAGAAGUUGUAUGAUAUCGAUGUGGCCAAGGUCAACACACUGAUUAGGCCUGAUGGGGAGAAGAAGGCUUAUGUCCGACUGGCUCCAGAUUACGAUGCACUGGAUGUAGCCAACAAGAUUGGAAUCAUCUAAACUGCAUCUACCAAGGACUGUACAGAUGGGAUAAUAAACCCUGUAAAACCACU